AUGCGAGAUGUAUCAACUCGUAUUGUUAAGGAUAAAAAGAAGGUUAAAUUUAAGAUUCGAUGUAGCAGAUAUCUUUAUACGCUUGUGGUGAAUGAUCCUGAGAAGGCAGAAAAGCUGAAACAGAGUUUACCGCCUAAUCUUCCUAUUAUUUAA